CCGUGGACGCCGCCGAGAAAGCAUCGUUGAAGUCUCUGUUCCUGCUGCCGUCAUGUCUAAAUCAGAGUCCCCUAAAGAGCCCGAACAGCUGCGGAAGCUAUUCAUCGGAGGGCUGAGCUUUGAAACAACUGAUGAGAGUCUGAGAAGCCAUUUUGAGCAAUGGGGAACCCUCACGGACUGUGUGGUAAUGAGAGACCCAAACACCAAGCGCUCCAGGGGCUUUGGGUUUGUCACUUAUGCCACUGUGGAGGAAGUGGAUGCAGCCAUGAAUGCAAGACCUCACAAGGUGGAUGGAAGAGUUGUGGAACCAAAGAGAGCUGUCUCAAGAGAAGAUUCUCAAAGACCAGGGGCCCACUUAACUGUGAAAAAGAUCUUUGUUGGUGGCAUUAAAGAAGACACUGAAGAACAUCAUCUACGAGAUUAUUUUGAACAGUAUGGGAAAAUUGAAGUUAUUGAAAUCAUGACUGACAGAGGCAGCGGAAAGAAGAGGGGCUUUGCUUUUGUAACUUUUGACGACCAUGACUCUGUGGAUAAGAUUGUCAUUCAGAAAUACCAUACUGUGAAUGGCCACAACUGUGAAGUGAGGAAAGCCCUGUCAAAGCAAGAGAUGGCUAGUGCUUCAUCUAGUCAAAGAGGUCGAAGUGGUUCUGGAAACUUUGGUGGUGGUCACGGAGGUGGUUUUGGUGGAAAUGACAAUUUUGGUCGUGGAGGAAACUUCAGUGGUCGUGGUGGCUUUGGUGGCAGCCGUGGUGGUGGUGGAUAUGGUGGCAGCGGGGAUGGCUACAAUGGAUUUGGUAAUGAUGGAAGCAAUUUUGGAGGUGGUGGAAGCUACAAUGAUUUUGGCAAUUACAACAAUCAGUCAUCAAAUUUUGGACCCAUGAAGGGUGGAAACUUUGGAGGCAGAAGCUCUGGACCUUAUGGUGGUGGAGGCCAAUACUUUGCCAAACCACGAAACCAAGGUGGCUAUGGCGGUUCCAGCAGCAGCAGUAGCUAUGGCAGUGGCAGAAGGUUUUAAUAUUGCCAGGAAACGAAGCUUAGCAGGAG